UCGCGAAAGGAAAGAGAGAGCGCUCGCGAGAACUCAGGCCGCCCGUCCCGAAAGGUUCUCAGUAAGCGUAAGGGCCUCGAGGAGCCCCGAGGGGCCCAUGGCUGGAGCUGGCCCGACCAUGCUGCUACGAGAGGAGAACGGCUGCUGCAGUCGGCGUCAGAGCAACUCCAGCGCUGGGGAUUCGGACGGGGAGCGUGAGGACUCGCCGGCCGCGCGUGCCCGGCAGCAACUCGAGGCGCUGCUCAACAAGACUAUGCGCAUUCGCAUGACGGAUGGGCGGACACUGGUCGGCUGCUUCCUCUGCACGGACCGCGACUGCAAUGUCAUCCUGGGCUCUGCACAAGAGUUCCUCAAGCCGUCGGAUUCAUUCUCUGCGGGGGAACCCCGUGUGCUAGGCCUGGCCAUGGUCCCAGGACACCACAUCGUUUCUAUUGAGGUGCAAAGGGAAAGCCUGGCGGGGCCUCCAUAUCUCUGACCGUGAUCGUGCAUGUCUUUCAGACUUCAUUAAAUAUGUAACUGAAGCAGCCUA